UGAUGAUUCGUCCGAAGGGGGACCAGCUGGAGAUCAGUUUCUCGGUGUCGGACACUGAGAGUUGGGACGGUUUCAUUCAGAACCUCAACAACUUCCUGUCCCCGUACAACGACAGCUAUCAGGUUCAGACCAAUGAUAACUGCCCACCAGAUCAAUACUUCAUUCAAGAGGACAGUGGAGAGGUCAGGAACAAUCCUAAGCGUUCCUGUCAGUUCAAUCGGACCAUGUUGGAGGAGUGUUCUGGGAUUUCAGAUCGUUUCUAUGGUUACAGCAGAGGUCAGCCCUGCAUCCUCAUCAAACUCAACCGGGUCAUUGGUAUGUUGCCGGGGAAGGACGGUCAGUCUCCUUAUGUCAUCUGUGGAGCCAAGAGGGAGGACACUGAAAAGAUUGGACCUUUGGCCUACUAUCCUCCCAACGGAACCUUCAACCUCAUGUACUACCCAUACUACGGCAAGAAGGCUCAGGUGAACUACACUCAGCCACUGGUGGCCGUGAAGUUCCUGAACGCCUCUCUGAACACAGACAUCAACAUCGAGUGUAAGAUUCACUCCAACACUCUGGCCGACGGCAGCGACAGGGACAAGUUCGCUGGACGGGUGUCCUUCAAACUACGAAUCAACGACAAAUAGACACACACACACUCAUACGCUGGUUAAAGCUGCACAUGUCAACAUGUUUCAGCUGUCACACACACACACACACACACACACACACACACACACACACACACACUCUGUCCGUUAGAGCCUCGAACACACCUGUACCUGUCCUCAGUCAUGAUGUGUUUACUGACCUUUAGUUCCCAUCUGAUUGUUUCCUGUACCCAUCCUGUUGCUUCAGUGCAGCUUUAACUGACCCCAAACCCACCAAUCAGCACUCACACACGCUGUGAUGUCACUGAGGACACUGACCCACAGGAGGCUCUUCACCUCCUUCAUCAUCAUCAUCAUCAUCAUCAUCGUCACUCUGCAUGAACACCAAAUUACUGAUCACACAGCUGACGUGUUUACUGUUUAUUUAUUUAUGUCUCCAGUUAUUUAUUACCUGUUUGUUUGUUUAUUUAUUUAUUUGUUGACAUAUUUAUUUAUUUAUUUAUUUAUGGUGAUGUUUUGUUUUUUUACAACUUUAAACUCAUCACAGAGAGCGCCAUUAAUACUGGACUAUCAGGUAAGAAAGGCUCUGAUUGGCUGUUUACAGUACACACACGUCACAAACCAGUUCAACAGAAACCAGUUUAACAGGAACCAGUUUAGCAAAACCAGUUUAACAUCAGAAACCAGUUUAACAGGAACCAUUUUAAUAAAACCAGUUUAACUAAACCAGUUUAACAUCAGAAACCAGUUUAACAUCAGAAACCAUUUUAACAAAACCAGUUUAACAUCAGAAACCAGUUGAACAAAACCAG